AACAUCCACACCCUUUACCAAUCGGGAUCGACAUCCAUCUAUCCAUUUCAUUCGAAUUCCCUCAAAAUAUGCCCGUGAGGAUGGCACGUGCGUCUUGUGGUCGUGAUUUUCACUGUUGUCCAGACAUUAAUACAGCAGUAGAGAACUCCUGUAAAUCAGGGUUUGAUUUUGUUUGCCUGCCCAUUGUGAAUCCAAGAUACAAACGAGAAUUUCUUUAUGGACCGGCAAAGAAUCGUCCUGGUCCACUUACAAGAUCUGACCUAGCUUUAUCAGGUCAAGAUUGGAGCACUUUGAUUGUUGGGAAGACAUCUCCUUGGUUACAGCUAGACUCUAGGGUGGAAGUCAUCCGUAGGAACUCCGAGGCGGGAUUCAAGCAGGAACUAGCAUUUGCCAGUCAUCUUGGUCUGCCAGCCAUAUUGAUUCAACUGAGACAUAGCAAAAAUGCCAACUUGGCUAGAUGUUUAAGUGAGCAGAUUCAGACUGCCUAUUUCCAGCAGCAAUACUGGAUUCAGAUUCCGCUGGUAUCGGCCAGAGAUCAGGCGGAGAGCUUGAUGGAAGGACAACUGGACGAGGAAAAAGAACCACAAGAUGACACCUGGAAGUGGUGGCAUGAGUUCAGAACUCUUUGUGACUCUCAUAGAAGAAUCAAUGUUGUGCUGGAGCUUUCAGCCAAUCUACCGUCUGAAGAUGUGCUAACAAGGUGGCUGGCUGAACCAAUUAAAUGUGCUGUUGUGUCCACCAGCCUCUUUCUGACUAAUAAAAGAGGAUAUCCAGUUCUAUCAAAACCACAUCAGAAUUUCCUCAAAAAGUUGUUCAAGCUGGAGAUUCAGAUUAUUUUGAGUGGUUCAGACAGACACCCUGAUAAAGGUCUGCAUACCUACCAGCAGUACCUAGAUCAUCUGUGGCAGACUCGGACUCCCCCUGAUCCUGUCACCCAGUUUGCCAGAGGCUACGAGGACUACCUACAAAGUCCACUGCAACCUCUGAUGGAUAAUUUGGAGUCCCAGACGUAUGAAAUAUUUGAGAAGGAUCCAGUGAAAUACUCUCAAUACCAGAAGGCUGUGUAUUAUGCCCUGCUGGAUAAAAUUAAACCAGAGGAAAAAGAAACAAAGAGUGUGGUUCUGAUGGUGGUCGGGGCAGGGAGAGGACCCUUAGUGAGAGCCUCCAUUGCGGCAUCCCACCAGGCAGAUAGAAAAAUCAGAAAGGUGUAUGCAGUGGAGAAAAAUCCCAAUGCUGUGGUGACACUGGAGAAUAUGAAGGAUGAGAUGUGGGGGGACCUCGUUGAGGUGGUGUCAUGUGACAUGAGGCAGUGGGAGGCACCAGAGAAAGCCGACAUCCUUGUCAGCGAGCUCCUGGGAUCGUUUGGAGAUAAUGAACUCUCCCCAGAAUGUCUGGAUGGAGCUCAGAGGUUUUUACAGGAUGAUGGCAUUAGCAUUCCUUGUGAAUACACAUCCUACUUGUCACCUCUUCAGUCAGAGAAGCUGUACAAUGAAGUCAGAGCAUGCAAGGACACCACCAACUCCAACAAGCCCUUCGAUCACAAUUUUGAGACACCAUAUGUGGUCAGACUUCACAACUUUCAGAUGCUUGCUCCUCCACAAGAAGUGUUCAACUUCAAACACCCAAACAGAGAUGCUGUUAUCGACAAUACUCGUUACGCAUCGCUGGAGUUUGAGAUCAAUCAAGACGCUGUCCUCCAUGGAUUUGCUGGUUACUUUGACACAGUUUUGUUUGACAAAGUGAAUCUCAGCAUUCACCCAGACACGCAUUCUCCAGGAAUGUUUAGCUGGUUCCCAAUUUUGUUUCCUAUCAAGACCCCGGUUUAUGUGAAGAAGGAUGACCGUAUUGUUUUACACAUCUGGAGAAGCUGUAAUGCAAAGAAUGUUUGGUAUGAGUGGACUAUCGUGGAGCCCUCUGUCUUACCGAUCCACAAUCCAAAAGGCCGCUCCUACACUAUAGGCCUGUGAUACAGAAAACCAUGUCACAGAAAAAUAGCAUCACUUAUGUUUUAUUACAACAUUUGUUUUCAUUAAGUCUUUCUACAAAAUACAACAGGGAAUUCAAUUAUUAUUUACAUUCUGGAGACCAGCUAAGUUUGAUAAAACUUUAUUACGUUGUAUACAUACAUAUGAUUUACUUUUUGAUGUUACAAAUAUGGUAGAUGAGUCAUUCAUAUUAAAGUUAUAAUUGAAGGUU